AUGGCGACCAUCCAGGCCAUCGAAGCUCGCUCGGUUCACCAAAUCCAAUCCGGUCAAGUCAUCGUCGACCUGUGUUCCGUCGCAAAAGAGCUGGUUGAGAAUAGUCUGGAUGCAGGCGCAACAACGAUCGAGAUACGAUUCAAAAACAACGGGCUGGACUUGAUCGAGGUUCAAGAUAAUGGAAGCGGGAUAUCACCGGAGAACUACGAGAAUAUUGCUCUAAAGCACUAUACCUCCAAGCUCUCCUCAUACGAUGACCUUUCGCGCCUGCACACCUUCGGCUUCCGCGGAGAAGCACUGUCGUCUCUCUGCGCCCUCUCGGACUUUCAUAUCGUUACAGCCCAAGCGAAUCAAUCCCCUCGCGCAAACCGGCUCGAUUUUGAGCCAUCUGGGAAGCUGUCUAAGACACAAAUCGUUGCCGGUCAGAAAGGAACUACGGCGUCGGUAGAAGGAAUCUUCAAGCGGCUUCCGGUGCGCCGGCGCGAGUUGGAAAAGAACAUCAAGCGAGAAUAUGGCAAAGUGCUCAAUCUACUGCAUGCAUACGCUUGCAUCAGUUCUGGUGUGCGGUUCAAUGUCAGGAACACUGUUGGAAAGACGAAGAACGUGGUGGUCUUCUCCACCAACGGCAAUCCCACAACCAGAGAGAACAUUGCCAAUGUAUAUGGAGCGAAGACACUUUCCGCACUCAUUCCUCUCGAUUUGGAACUCGAAUUUGAACCAUCUGCCUCAAUGAGACGAACAGACGGAGACAGAAAGUCUAACCAGAUGCUUGUGCGCGGCCAUAUCUCUCGUCCUGUUUUUGGGGAAGGACGUCAGACACCAGAUCGGCAGAUGUUCUUUGUAAACUCGCGACCUUGUGGGCUACCGCAAAUUGCAAAGGCUUUCAACGAAGCUUACAAGUCGUUCAAUGUUUCCCAGUCCCCAUUUAUCUUCGCAGACUUCCAGAUGGACACUGACGCCUACGAUGUGAAUGUGUCACCUGACAAACGACAGAUCUUAAUCCAUGACGCGGGAGCAUUGAUCGAGUCUCUCAAGACGUCCUUGAUACAACUGUUUGAAUCCGCCGAUCAGACCGUGCCCCAGUCACAAGUCCUUGGCUCGAAGCUGUCUACGCCCAAGCAACAAGCCCUAGGGGCUCUACCAGGUUUUGCUUCGGCUCGCAAUCUCAGCCAGCGCACUUCUGAAUCUCCCGCCACACCAAUUCAAGAACAGGCACAAACAGACACGCCCGAGGAAGAUGUUGAGACUGAGCAGCCGAGCGUUCAAAAGAGCCUCGGGCGUUUCAGCUCAUGUAAAAACCCAGAAAAAACCGAUACCACACCUUCAAAUAGACCUACCCGAACACCCCGACAAGGAUCAGUGCCACCCCUCAUUGCUACUUCUCCUGCGCAGGUACCGGACUCUACACCUGUUAAGCCUCGAGAAAUAGACGUUGAGGAAUCUCAAGAACGGGAUACCGACAAAACAAAUCCCGACGGUUCCCAAAACCUUUCGUCGCAGUUUUCAGCAGAAAAAUCCCCAGACAUGAAUCGACCCGAUGAACAGGAAGAUACACCUAAUGUGGUUCAAAACGCGUUUGACAGGAUGCGCCCUCGUCGCUUCCCAGCGGAAAUGGCUACUAUUACAAUCGGCGGUCACACUGUGAAAUCAGUGGUAGGUAGUGGUCCUCUGCGCAAGCGGACUGCGGACCGGGGAACUUCGAAUAAAGAACCUCCACGGCGGAAAAGGCGGAUACAUACGCCAUCUAGGCCCGAUAUUUUCGGAGAACAUAUGAAGGAGUUCGCCGCUCCAGGAACACAACCGGAGCAAGAUGAAGAUGAAGAUGAAGAAGAAGAAGAGGUAGAAGAAUCAGCCAGCGAGGCAAGCAAGGCCAGCGAGGCCAGUGAAGAGGAAUAUAUCGAUAAAGAAGUUGAAGAAGUCGAAAAGGAAGCGUAUGAGAGACAUGAUGAAGAAGAUGCUUCUGCACUACCGAGGAAUAUGGAAUAUAUUCCGAAAAAGGGAAAGGGGAUGUCUCGCCAACCUGAGGCUAGUGACAGUGAGGAAGCACACGGAGAAACAAAAGCAGGGGCAGAGGAAAACGACGUGGAUGAAGCUGGGAAGAGGGCCGAAGAAGAGGCCAGAGUCCAGCAUCUCAUCCAUCAAGCCGAGGAGACGGCUGUACUCUCCAGCGAGAACAACAUCAACCGCGCCAACAAAAUGAACAAAGGUGCCAUCCACCGGGAUGCAACUGUUCACCUUGUCGGCAAGAUCGACACAUCGGUUUCACAGCUCAGGUCUCAAAUUAUAAGUCUACGAGAAAGUCUUCGAAAACAGAUUGUAUCCUCGGAAAAGGAAAAUCUUGAUACCAAUGAUGGGAAAACAGCCGAAGAUCGAUUGUCGCUCACGGUGAGCAAGCCCGAUUUCGCACAGAUGCGCAUCAUCGGUCAGUUCAAUCUGGGAUUCAUCAUUGCCGUACGACCUGGCAAAGAGCGAGACGAACUCUUCAUUAUCGACCAGCAUGCCUCAGAUGAGAAAUUCAAUUUUGAGCGCUUGCAGGCAGAAACAAUCGUCCAAUACCAGCGACUCGUUCGUCCACAACGUCUUGAUCUGACUGCUGUUGAAGAAGAAAUUGUUUUGGAGAACCGUGUUGCCCUGGAGAAGAAUGGGUUCGUCGUAACAGUUGACGAGAGUGGCGACGAGCCCAUUGGCCGACGCUGCCAGCUGGUUUCACUUCCACUCAGCAAGGAAGUCGUCUUUGGCACGCGAGAUCUAGAAGAGCUGAUUGUCCUUCUGUCCGAGUCGCCUGUCUUCAAUGCAGUCUCCGUGCCUCGUCCUAGUAAAGUGCGAAAGAUGUUCGCAAUGCGCGCCUGUCGGUCCAGCAUCAUGAUCGGCAAAACCUUGACCGAGCGACAAAUGCAGCGCGUUGUUCGCAAUAUGGGGACCAUCGACAAGCCAUGGAACUGUCCGCACGGCCGGCCGACAAUGCGACAUCUCAUGAGCCUUGGACAAUGGGAUGCGUGGGAUGAAUACGGAGAUGACGAGGGAAAUAGUCUAGAUAUAUACCGCCGCUUUGUGGAGGAAAAUAUUGAAGAGGAGGAGGAAGAAGAAGAGGAAGAAGCAGAGGGGUGA